UUGCCACGCAUUUACCUCUUUCGACAGGUCACAGCGCCUGCCAGCACAAGGGCAGUGUAUAUACUUGGCUGUUGAAACACUUUAACAGUCCUUUGUGCUGGAAUAAUUUGCAGGUGGCAGACGGUGGAUGUGAGAGGCAAGGUGCGCUCCGUGCUGCGUGUUUCCCAGCACCUUGCUGCACGCGAGCCCAAGCUUGAUCAAUGAACGGUUGUCCUCUUUGCUUCUGUUGCCAAGUGUGUGAAGUAUAUUCCUGGCACAGUUGUCAAGUCUGCUGUGUGAAGUAUAUUCCUGGCACGCUCUGUUUUUUUCGCCAUUCUUCGUCCAAGCUGGAGCCAAGGUGUUCUUCUUCAUCCUAACCGUGUACUGCCUUACCUGGAUUAACACAGUGCUCACUGCCAUGAUGUUUCCAUGACAAUCAUCGCCAUAACCUCUGCUUUAAUCUUACUAUAAAAAGGUUUGGAAACAGAAACAGUCUUCAAAGGUUGUACAGACACAUGCCACGCAGCACAGACGAAAGGUUAAUUCCGAUUGCCCCAGGGGUAGAGCCGUUUGUGAACAUGGAGUAACUAGGAUGAUGUGCCCAACACAUUACUAAUUUCCUUUCCACUUGCUCUGUGAAAGUAUCAGUUUAAUGCUAAUGGAAUAAUCAUCUGGCAACUGUAUGUAGGUCUUUCUGGUGGAUAUUCCUGCCUACGUACCUGUCAAAUGUAGAGAGUGAUCUAUUAUUGAGUGCCGUGUGCCCACCCGAUGUACCCGUUCACCGUUAAUGUUUUGUUGGGCUGUGCCUUGCUGAUAUCAGGAUACAACAUUGUUUUCGGGAGACCGAGCACUACACGUCAGCAAGUGCACGACUACCACCCGCAGCCAUUUAUUUUUGGUAAUCGCUUCGUUGGGUUUAUUGCUUCGACACGAAGGGGAACUGUUGGAGCCUCGAGAAAGCUAGUCUAAGUUUUCAUUCAUUCGUUAUCUGUCGUGCUUAGAAAAGUUACUGCGAUUUGCUAGCGGAACCUUCAUUGUCAGAAAUGGACCACAGGUCACACGAAAAUUCUUCCUUAUCUCCCUAACUCUGAUGGGUGGUGCUACUUCUGUGUGACCAGGACAUCUACCCUUAAUAAGACUUGCUGGUGUGGCUGUGCUUAUAGCUUUUAAAAAAAAUACUUGUAAAUCAGUUAUAUGAAUAACCAUCACGACUAGUCGCCUUGGGUUGUUUUCAUAAAAACCAAAGUCCAAACUGUCGACAAGUAUUUAUAGUCGAAAGAAUUCUCGCCUACCGUCGGUGCUGACCCUGGGGAAAGCUGCGAGUGGUUGAGGAGGCGAGACAAGGCGGGUUUUGUCUCAGUGCCAACCCAACUGUCAGGCUGAGACAUUGGCUGACUACAAGCUUGUGCAGUCUUGGAACGCCCUGCCCAUCCCUUGACAGAGAUUGUUGCCCUUCAUUGGAUCCUUCGCACCAGACACGGUUGAACAAUUUAUUACCCAGCAGGGUAAACACGAUCGCCAGGCGUCGGAACAGCACACCCGCUGUUGCAGAGUCAACUCAAUUUUCCGACUGAAAGAAGCCAGCAGCAAAUUUAUUUCAGGGCUAACCUGCUUUAAACUAAUUUAUCGAGUUUCCAAUUUUAUAUGCACCGAGAACAUGAAUCCUGAACACUUUAGGCAAGGUUUCUCUCCAUGCAGACCAUAAACACAUGAUUAUUUCUACGACCACCGCCGACAUUCGUGAAAUAGUCCCACGGUUUCUUGCCUUUUAGAAGUGGAGGAGAAAUAAAAUGCGAGUCAAGUCUCAAUCGCUCUUUCGGAGGCAAUUCAAUGAGUGAAACCUGUGGUGUUCACAUUUCACUAGACUAAACAUCGCCAAACUUAGUGUUCAGUUCCUCAACAGCUUUUGGAAUGAACAUGUUUAUCUCUUUUAUCUGACAGUCUGUCGUGCUGUUCACAGGGCGUUGAUACACGAUGCUAAGCAAAAGCCUGAACCUAUUUACCUACAUACCUGCCAGUAUUCUAAACCUUGGUAACUGAGGUAUGAAGAUACCUUGAGAGAUACGGUUUCUUCAUUUUGUUACAAUCUGCACUCACGUGACAGUAGCCGGCGUUAGCGGUGUCUGAAUUAUCAGAACUUUGCUUUGUGGUCUACAACAUCUAUUGUACUGGGUGUCUGCUGGACUUGCCAAACCUCGUGUAUCGUAAUUGACAAUUCUAUUGGAUCGAAUUCAGUCAAGCUUACCAGACUGCACCAGCCUCAUCCUCCACUACAUUUUUCGUAUUGAAAGCAUAUUUUGAAGGGCUUACAGCAUGAGUUUUUCCAACUUAGCACCCCCUAAACAAGGGGGAAGAACAAGGCGAAAGUCUAUGCCGGGGUGAGUUCUCAGGGUAUGCCGGGUGUACCCUUGUACAGUAUUCCCGACAACGACAAAGCCAUUGACUUUCAACAGGAACAACAGCUCAUUAGAGAGAGGCUGCAAACACGGAGGGGGUCCGUCCCCGCCCGGACGCCAGUGGAUUUAAGUGCCUUUGCCAUGCCACUUUUGGAAUCAGACCUUCAGGACGGCAUUGGCACAAUGGACUUCGAAUCAGAUCAACAUGGCCAGCAUCGAUCUAGCUCUACAUCAUCUGGUAUCAAAGGCCUGAUUAGUGGCAAGUCCCGGCAGCGCAACAGGUCUGGGGAUGACUCAAAGACUGGCUCUCCAACCACCAGCUCCAAGGUGAAAAGCUUUUUUGACACCUUUAGGCCACGUUCAAAGUCAGAUGUUUCUGGUUUGAAGAAGCCAGGAAAGAAAAGUGCCUCGGGCAUCGGAAUGGAUCGUUCAAUGGAUGAAACACAUCUGGCCCAGCUUCCAGCACCUUACUUAAAGCAGUCCACUGACCCCAUAAGCCCAAUGGGACUGAUUUUGGAAGGACAACUAUUGGAUGUUUCACCAGAGGGGACAGAGCGCAUGCGGCAUAAAUCUGCAGGUGCUGGUGCUUAUAUUCCUGCCAGAGACAACUUCAUGAACAAAUUUCGUGCACGUUCAAAUUCGGAUUCACGAACUAAAGGCACUUCUACUCAGCGCAAACCUCUUGUGUCACAGAAAAGCUUGAGUCCACCUGGUAGUCCAAGAUUUUAUGAAAAAGGAGCAUUAUUCUCUCCCCUCCGUCAGUCAGGUGAACCAAGGUCAGCACCUCCAGGAACAACCAUGCGGUCCUUCUCUCUGGGCAAUGACCACACCCAUGCCAUCAUCUAUAAGUCCGACCUGAUGAGGAACAGGAUCCGCGGCAAGGAGAGCACGCUGAGCAUGGAAUCUGACACAGAGCGGAUGGAGAUUGAAGAUCUGGAUGAAAAUGAAGAGCAAGUAUAUUCCAAGUUUAUGAGGGCUCACAAGUGCUACGACCUCAUACCAACAAGUUCCAAGUUGGUCAUAUUUGACACACAACUUAAUGUCAAGAAAGCCUUCUUUGCACUGGUUUAUAAUGGAGUUCGUGCUGCACCACUCUGGGACAGUGCCAAGCAAGAUUAUGUUGGAAUGUUGACAAUCACUGAUUUCAUCAACAUCCUCAAAAUGUACUACAAGUCCCCAGAGAAGUCAGCAACCAGUGAGACAGCUGAGCCAGCAGCAACGGUCAGAAUGGAUGAAUUAGAAGACCACAAAAUCGAAACGUGGAGAGAGGUUCUGAAAUCCCAGCAAAGGGCCUUUGUGUACAUUGACCCUGAUGCCAGUCUUUUUGAUGCAAUCCGUGUUCUUAUCGACAACCAUGUGCACCGCCUGCCUGUCGUAGACCGUACUACUGGCAAUGCUAUUUACAUACUUACACACAAGCGUAUUCUGCGCUUUCUCCAUCUUUAUAUUAAGGAUUUGCCGCGGCCAAGCUUCAUGUCUAAGACAUUGAAGGAACUGAAAAUUGGCACUUACGACAAUGUUAUUACCGUUUCCAAGGACCUACCACUUAUUAAAGCUCUUAACCUUUUUGUGGAGCACCGUAUCUCUGCUUUACCAGUCCUUGAUGAAGAUGGCUAUGUUGUGGACAUUUAUGCCAAGUUUGAUGUCAUUAAUCUGGCAGCAGAAAAAACCUACAAUAAUUUGGACAUAACUAUUGCACAGGCUUUGCAGCAUCGUCAAGAAACAGAGACAUAUGAAGGUGUGGCUACCUGUAUGGAGAUGGACACCUUGCACGGUGUCAUGGAGAAGAUUGUCAAAGCUGAGGUUCACAGGCUGGUGGUGGUGGAUGAAUCCAGUCAUGUCAAGGGCAUUGUAUCUCUCUCAGACCUACUUACCUACAUUGUUUUGGAGCCAAUGGGCUAUGAACCUGCCCAGAAGUCCUGAUGUGCUUGGGAGAGCACAUAGCAGUAGCUGUGAUUUUCAGUUCUUGUAAACUGGGCGGUGAUCUGGAUAACUUGCAAGUAGCAUCGGAGAAACAAGUAGAUCCAUUUCUUUUUGUCCCAGUGUGCAAGAGAAAUGUAUACAUAGAAGUCAUUUAAGACCCUUGGUUACUCAGUAUGAUUGGCUAGAAGUGCAGGAUGUCAUCUCAGUAAUUAAGUGGCUUUAAUGUCUACAACUGUCAAAAAAUUGGCUACAGUUCACUGAACCAAAUGUUAGCCCUGGGGAUAUGUUCGUGUAGAACAAUAGUAUUUUACUGUUUUGUGACUUUUGCUUGUUAAGUCAUCAGACAAGCAUUUUGGUGCAUGUCUGUGUGUGAUCUUGCAUAUGUUUAUGUGCGAGUUUGAAUGCCCACCUUUUCCAACCCAAUGUAAACAGAAUUAAGUGACAUUUUAUAAAAUUGAUGAAAUGUGCAGGAGGUGUAGUUAAGGUUGCUUUUGUGAAAAUAAGGAAAGGCUCUUUGCAAUUGAUUUUGGAAAAAUUGUUGAGUCAUAGGACCUGUGGUGUCGUGAUCUGUUAGUGACUGAGAUAAUUUUAACAUUUGAGUGGAUGUAGUUCAUGCUAGCUUGUAGCAACAGCUCCACAAAUAACUCUUAUAUGUAACUUAGAUGUGUAACAAAGACAAGAAUUAGCUGCUGAUAAAAGUUAGCAUUUGUGCAUACUCUAAACCCAGUCUUUUCUGUAUAUCAAAGUCUUUAAUUUCAAGAGCAAGUUUGUUGCGGUGAUUGUAUGUAGAUGAAAGGUGUGGAGUUUGUGCAACCAAUGAUAUGAUGAAGGUUGUGGCCAAGCUGGCAUGGUAAUUAAGAAAUUUGGGGGGUGGGUCGGUUGGUGGGAGUGUUGAUGGGAGGUUUCCAUGUUCUUUUAUUAUUAAAGAAAAGGUUUCAAA